AUGCACUGCCAGCCGACCUCAGGGGACGCGAAACGUCAGACACGUCUCAUCUCCUUUACACGCUUGGAUCAAAGUGCAACUAACCCAUCAACUCAUCCUUUAUUCCCCAAUAAAAAGCGUGAUUUUCCGCCCUUUAUGUUCACUGAGCUCGCCUGUGCAAAGCAACUCCGGCGAUCCAACCAUACAUCCGACGUCUAUACCCACCAUCCAGCUAUCUUCUCUACUAUAUUCGGAAUUCAUGGGCAUGAAAAGGAAAUUGAUUUUGUAGGAAAAGUAGAAGGGUUUAGAUUCAACGAGUCUUUUCCUCGGCCGCAGGUGUUUAGUGAUUUUGGGCCGAAUUUGUUGUUGCUGGAGGAUGAAGAAAGUGGUAUUGGGAAUACACACGAGUUGAUCAAUGGUCAGUUUUUUCUCAUAGUUUUCAAUUGUGGAAAAAAAAAAAAGCUUAAAAGGUGGAUUUGGCCGUUGAAAGAGAACGUGGCGGAGAAGGCUACGGAAACCAUAAAGAAAGAUUGCUUGAAUGGACAUCAAAUUGUUUGGACAAGUCGCCGUAUGGGAAGUUUAUUGAAGCAUAAAAUGUUGACCUCGAAGGGUCUUGAAAUUGAUACUGCUACUGUUAGGAAAAUACCACAUGCCAUUGAUACUCAGACGGAGGUAAUUGUCCAGCUCAUCAACUACACAAAAAGCGGGAGAAGUGAAAUAUUUCAUUGGGGUGCAAUUAGAUGGAAGUCAACAUGUUGA